AUGGUUGGUUGGAUAUGUGCUGGUAAAGACUCGAACCAUAGCUCUUUAACUACUUCUGAGUCGGCAGCUGUAGGUCCUGCAAGAGACUGCAGAACUUCCGAUGCAGCCGAUGAUAUUAUGAAAUCUGAUAAACUUGACCCUAUGAAUCAUCCUCAUAUUAUUGACGAAUUAGCCGAAUGGUCCAUAAAUUUGGAUUCCAAGCUGUCAGCAGACAAUAGUUAUUCUGUUGCCGUAGAUUUGUUACGUUGCCGAAAUAUUUCAUUAUCAAGUGUACAUCCUUCCUCACUCAAUCUGUCUUCGGAUGACAAGUUACCGGCUAAUAAAGAGUCAGAUCCAUCCUCACUUUCCAAGAUAAAUUACCUUUUGUAUAACACCUGGAGAAAAUUGUCGGAAGUAUUGACUUCUUGGUUUCCACCUUCCCAAGUUUUAGUCACUUACGCUCAUUUACGCGAAAAUAAUUGCCCUUGGCAAUUAGGUUAUCUUUCAUCUGAGUCCGUUCAAGGUCAGGCUUUGUGUCUUGUAGCCACUCAUUGGCUAGAGUUAAUGGAAUUGCCAAAUAGACUUCAAAGUUCUAAUUCUUCGUCAUUAAACGAUUUGAAAGAAUCAAAUGAUAUCACCCCAUUGGAACUUAUUCAAUCACCUACCAUAAGCUUUACAUAUGUUGAGUCAGAUGUCAAUCAGAUUGCUACAAAUCAUUCUACCAGGAUAACAAGAAAGUGGUAUCUAAGUUACGUGGAUCCAUGUCCACAGUGGCGCAUAGUUACUUUUUUAUCGUAUAAACCCAGUGAAACAUUUGAGCACGAUUUAUCAAGCAAUGGCUCAAAUUCAGCUUUGGAUAAUUUGUAUUAUAUAACCGCUAUAGGUUAUAGUAAUGGUUCCAUUGAUAUAAUUGACCUAUCAAUUGAUGAAAGUGAGAGGCCUAACAUAGAUCAAAAUAUUCGACGUAGUCGGAUUUUUAUUCCAUCUCCUUUUACACAGUCAGUCGAUUCGCUUGGUUGCAAGAAACCACUCUUUCCCAUUGUUUCAUUGUCUUUCAUUGAUAUAUCUCAUCUUUUAGUGGGUCAUUUCAGAGGUCAUGUAGAUUUGUGGCAUUUAGAUUGGAAAGCGAAGAGUUUCCCAGCUCGUAUGAUGAUGAGAAUUUAUUCUAUCAAUGCUUACAAAGCUUCUAAACCACCUCCUUUAUUAUCAGCUGUAUAUGACUCAUCGUCAAGUUUACUUGUUUUAUCUAGUUUACCCAACGUCAAUGUAUCUGUGUCCAAAUCAAUGCAUAGAAAACUUGGAUUAACAUGUUAUUAUGUGUCCAAAAAGGCACCUUAUUUAAUUCCAGCCUCUUCUAGUUCAACAUCUGAUGUAAAACCUGGUGGAUUAAUGAGUUUAUAUAAUACAUGGAAAGACACAUCAGUUCAUUUACUAUGCAACCUAUUUCGUCGUAACAGUUACCUGACUAGCGAUAAUUCAGAUGCAAUCACUUCUAUGACUUUAGCAAAUUUCAAUACUACUUCACUUCCAAUUUUUUCAUCUUCAAAUAUAUCCAAUCAAUUGUUACUUGGUAGCCUUCAUUCAUCAGGUUCAUAUUCUGUAUGGUUGAUUCCAUCUUUUGAAUUACUUUUUUUAAUUGCUAAUCCUCAGAAUAGCCCUAAUCUUUCAUUAUCAUCAAUAGACCAAACUUCUAAUAUAUAUAGUAAACCAUUUCGUAUAACUUGGUGGAGUAGACCAUUAGAAUCCAAUGAAUUAUUUCAUCAAACUAUUCAAUUAUGUAUUCUUUAUGAAAAUGGUUCCAUUGAUUUAUUAGAUAUUAAUAAAUAUGGUACAAAUUUUCAUUCUAAAUUAACAAAACAAUUUAAUCAUUUAAAAUUAUCACCAUUUUCUAUAUUUGCUAUACAUUCUAUUGUUCAAUCUAAUCUACAUUAUUGUUUAUCUGAAAUUGUUCUAUUAUCAUCUUAUUUAAAAGAAGAUUCUCAAUUGAAAGUUACCAGUAUACAGAAUUCAUUGAAUACAAACAUCUUUCAUUAUUCUAUACGAUGUAUACGAUUAAAAUCUACAACAUAUCAUGAAUUAUUUCAUUAUUAUAUACGUCUUGGUAAAUAUCAUAAAGCUUUAACAUUGAAUCAAUUGAAUAAACAAAAUCCUAAUCCUAAUUAUAAAAUUGUCUAUAAACAAAUAUGGAUGAAAUUAAGUAAUGAAUUUUGGAAAAUAAAAAAUUUUCAACAAUUUCUUCAUAAUACAUUAGAUCCAAUUCAAACUAUAUAUCCUUUAUGGAUUAUAAAACAAUGUUUACAUUAUUUACCAAAUUAUUCUAUCCCAUUAGAAUUACAAUCGAAUGUAUUAUUUUCAACAAUUCAAUAUAUUUUAAAUUAUGGUUUAAAUAUAUUAAUAAAUAAUAAAUAUUUAUUUGAUAAUGAUCAAGAUCAUCAUAAGGAUCAUUGGUAUUCAAUAAUUUAUGAUCGUUUUAAUAUUUAUAUUGAUCAUAUAAAUUGUAUCCAAAUGAUUUUACAAAAUGAAUUAAAAUAUCAUCAAUCAUUGAAUCAAUUUAUUGAUUUACAUCUUAUUCAUAAUGAUACUAAUCAACCAUGUAUUAAAACUAUAUUAAAAUUAAUUCAUGAUUUACGUAUUUAUUCAUUAUUAGAUAUUACAUUAAAUUAUGCUUAUUAUCAACAAUUUAUUGCAUUAAAUACAAUCAUUAAUUAUUUUCCUAAAUCAAUUGGUUUAUAUCGAUUAUUGAUUGGAUCUAGUUUAUCAGAGACAAUUAAUCCAACAAUAUAUUUUCAUAAAAUAUUUUAUUUACAAUCUAAUUUACAAAUCAAUCAAUCCAAAUCAAUAAUUCAUAAUCAUGAUUAUCAUGAUAAUCAAAUUAUAAAAAGUAUUCAGUGUCAUUUUUCAAUUUCAUUAAAUCUUAAUGCAGAACUAUUAAAUAAUCCAUUAAAAUUUGUUAAAAUUUUCUCUUCUUGGUUAAUUGAACGAUCAAUACAAAUUGAUACACGUUCUGGUUUAACUAAUUAUGCAUUAAAUUUAAUCUCUAUGGGUAUAUCUAGUUGUGAAGAAAUUUUAAAAGGAUAUCAUAUUGAUAAUGAAGUAGAAAUAUGUUUAAAAUCAUUAAGAAAAGUUCAUCGAGAUUUUAUUGAAUUAUCACAAAUUAUCUACAAUAAAAAUAUAUCUCCAACUACAAUACUACAAAUCCCUAAUGAUUUUACAACUUUAAUACCUCAAAAACGUAAUAAUAAUAAUAAUAAUAAUAAUAAUAAUAAUAAUAAUAAUAAUAAUGGCUGUACAAACGAAUGUAUCAGAGCAUUUCAAUUGAAAAUGAAAGAUUUCCAACAUUUCGAUUCUAAAUUCGUUUUAACUCUUCUACUUCGAAUUAGUUUAAAUCUUAUCAAUUCAGAUGGUCUACAUAAUACAUCAUCAUCAUCUUCAUCAUCAUCAUUAGCAUCAUCAUCUGUUACUUCAGAUAAACUAGUCUCAUUUGUUCUUUAUCAGUUAUUACCACAUUUAGCUGAGAAAUGCUCUCCAUCUGAUUAUCAAGAAUUGAUUAAUCAUUGUCUUUUGUAUGCAGCAAAUUACACAGGUUUAACUGGUCAUGUCAAACUUUUGGAGUCAGUUAAAUUGGGAUCUUUCACUGAUUUUAUUGAUUAUUUGUCAAUAAAUCUAACUGAUGAAGUCGUUUUGAAUAAUAAUUCUCAUGUUAAUGAUUAUCUAAAUAUUUUAAACCCAUAUCAAUUAUUGAAUGGAUUAGUUUAUGUGUUAAAACAAUAUAAACUAGAUUAUAAAUUUGAUCAAUUUAUCAAUAAUCAAUCAAUGAAUUCAUUAUCAAUUUAUUUAAAUAAUGCUUAUCAAUUAAUUCAAUUAAUGUUUAUUUAUUGUCAAAAUAAUAAAUUGAUUAUUUUACAAUUUACAAAUGAAAUUAAUUAUAAAAAAUUAUUAGAUAAUAUUCAAUUGAUUCAUCAAUUUAUUAUAGGUUUUAUUGAUUUUCAAUCAUUAAUAAAAUCGAUUGAAAAAGAUAUUAGUUUAUCAAUUCAAUUACCUUUACAUUCUAUUGAAUCAUUUUAUCAAUGUAGUCAAAAUCCAAAAUAUUUUUGUUAUUUAUUAAAUAAUUGGAUACAAAUAUUCAGUCGAUUAGCUAUGGCAUAUGAAUAUGAAGAUAAUAUGUUGGAUGAAUUCAUUCAUGAGAAUAAUAAUAAUAAUAAUAAUAAUAAUAAUAAUAAUAAUAAAUGUAUACAACGAUCACGGAUUUCUGAAUCAACUAUAAAAAAACUCAAUGAUAUUUUUUGUCAAUUCUACAAAAUUCUAUCAAAAGCAUUUCAUCAUUGUCCAUGUGAAUUAUGGUUAGAAAUUGGUUUACAAUAUACAUUAUUUGCUUCAGGUAAUGAAUAUUUUCUUGAAUUAUCAAAGAAUUUCUGUUUAACUUUCAAUGAAUCACGUAUAAAUUUGCAAAAAACUAUUAAAUUAUCUGAAAAUUCAUUAAAUACAUGGAGAAUAUGUUUAUUAAAUGCUAUUCGUACUUAUAUCAAUACAUCUGUACCAAUAAGAUCCGAUUUAGAAAUGAUAUUUACGGAUUCUCAAACAUCAUCAUUAUCAUCAUCAUCAUCAUCAUCAUCAAAUGUCAACUCUAAUCAAAUUAUAGAUCCUAAUGAACGUUUAGCACGUUAUUGUCUAUCUAUUGUGGAUUCAUUACAUCAUCAAAUGAAUUGGAAUCAAUCAUUUUUAUUAGAAUUUCAUCAAGAAAAAUGUUUAUUAGAUGCAUCAACAUUUCUUGGUACAAUUCAAAAAUUAUUAUCACCAUCAAUGAUAUCAUCAUCUUAUUUACCAUAUAAAUUAAGAUAUUUAUGGUGUACUACCACUACUACUACUACUACUACUACUACUAAUACUACUAAUGACCGUAAUAAUAAUACUGAUCAAUCCAAUGAAUUUUAUAAUCAACGUAUUGAUUUAUUAAUUAAUGCAUUCAAUCAAUUAAUUAAAUUAGUUACCAUAGAUACUAAAAUGAAUAAUAAUAAUAAUAAUAAUCAUUAUUUAAAAAAUUUAUUUAAUUCCAUAUUCUUACAUCAUAUAGCGAAUAGUUUUUUAAUGAACAUUGAACAAGUGAAAUUAUGUUUUAUUCAUUCUAUGUAUAAUUAUAUAAAAUUAUAUAAAAAUAAUGAUUAUUAUUAUCCUAAUGGAUAUUUAUUAAAAUUAACUUAUAAUUAUAUAAAUGAUUUAAUUGAAUUACAUUAUGAAUUCUGUUGGUUAGAAUGUGCUCAUUGGGCUGGUUAUCAAUCAGAAUUAUAUGAUCCUACUGAUAUUUUUAAUCAUUAUCAUUAUACUACUCAUAUUAGUAAUAGUAGUAGUAAUAAUAAUAAUACUAAAUUAUAUUCAUGGACAUAUUUACAUGCAUUAUAUCAUAUUGAAUAUUCAAAAUAUAAUAUAUCUAAUGUAAAUAUAGAUCUAAUAGAAUUAUGGAAUAUUGAAUGUUAUCGUUUACAUUUAGCUAGAUAUGCAUUAGCCUAUUGUAAAUCUAUAGAAUAUUUAUAUGAUUUAUGUAAUUUUAUUGGAUUAUGUACAUUACGUGUUGAAUGGAUUACAUUAUCGAUUAUUAUGUUAAAUAAUAAAAAAGAAAAAUGUAAUAAUAUAAAAAAAUUAUCUUUUAAUAUGUAUCAACAAUUGAUUAAAUUAUUAUCAUCAUCAUCAUCAUUAAAUCCUCAUUCAUUAGUUACUGAGAAUAAUCAUAAUAAUAAUAAUAAUAAUAAUAAUAAUAAUAAUAAUAAUAAUAAUAAUAAAAGUAUUACAUUAUAUUUACCACCAUAUUAUACAGAAUUAACAAAUGAUCUAUUCUCUGAAUUAAGAUCAAAUAUAUUAGAUCAAUUUGAAUCCAUUAAUUAUCCUAAUUAUGGUUUAAAUGAACAACGUUUAUGGUUUGCUUUUUUAAUUGAUUGGGCUAAAUUGAAUCAAAUCAAUAUAUUUGAGGAUGAAGAUGAGGAUGAUUAUAAUCCUAAUGUUAUUUGGUGUAAUACAUUUUUAGAAGUUAUUCAUCGUGAUACACGUUUAGCAUUGAGUUAUUCAGUGAUUGGUUCAAAAUUUUGUCGAUUUUAUUCAUUAUAUUAUUUAAAUUAUAUUCAUCAAAUUAAUUCUAUUCUAUUACCCUAUUUAGAAUUAUGUAAUAUAUCGGAGAAUUUCAAUAGUACAUAUUGUAUUGUAUUAGUUUUAUUAUGUUAUAUAUUCAUAUCAAUAUAUGAAUAUAAAACUAUUGAUUAUUGUCUUCCAUGUGGAUGUUUUCCAUCAGGGAAAUAUUUAUGUAUAAAAUAUUUUAAUUUUAUUAAAUCUAAAGAAUUUCGUCAAGAAUUUCAUCAACUUUAUCAACCAAUUAUUAAUACAUUAUUGAUUAUUUUAAAAGAAACUCUUAUUGAUCAUCUUGUUAAUAGAUUUCCAACUAUUGAUAUAAUACGUUUUCAUAAUGAUUUACAAUAUCAAGAAGAUACUAUAUAUGGUUUAUGUUCAAUAGAUUUUAAAUUUGGUUUACAACUUUGUACAUAUUAUCAUUUAUCACAAAUAGAAGGUGUAUUUUGUUAUCUUGAAUAUUUAUUUCGUAAUGAAAAUGAUCAAAAUGAUAAAAUUAAAAAACAAAUAAAUUCUAUGAUAAAAUGGAUUCAAUUACAAUCGAAUGGAAUGGAAAUUUUAAUCAAUCGUAUACAUUCUACUAUCUAUCCAUUUUUAACAGAACUUUUACAAAUCAAGUUAUUAUUUGAUGUAUUACCUAAUGAAUAUGAUACACAAGUAUUAGAUGGUAUUCCAAUACAAUUACAUCGAAAGAUAUUAGAUAUUUUAUUACAAUUAAAAGUGAAUGAAACUUUUUUCAAUGAUUUAAAUUAUUCUAAAUUUAUUAAUGAUUUACAUGAUUCAUCUAAAUUACAUAAUCAUCCAUUUUUUCACUUGAUCAAAACUAAAUCUGAUGCAGAUAGUCUAGUAAAAGUGAUUGAACAUAUCCAAAUGAUUAAUAAUAAUAAUAAUAAUAAUAAUAAUAAUAAUAAUGCGAUUACAUCAUUACAAAUGGGUGAUAUUUAUGCAAUAUUUGGUUUAAAAGUAUUUUAUGAUUUAACAUUAUUUCAAUCUUUUAAAAAUAAAUCUAAUUUAUUAAAAUUAUUUAAAUGGAUUAGUCCUAGUAACACAAUAAAUGAUAUGACACGUUUUUUAAAUUGGUUAGAUGAAUUAUUAUAUGAUAGUACAUUUUCAGAAAAUUUAUCUAUUAGUCAACGUUGUUUAGUUUUGAAAUCGGCACAAUCAUUUGUUUCAAGAUUGAAUCAACCUACUACUGAUCAUUCAGAAUGGAAUAAUAAUACUAUUCAAAAGAUAAUCAAUAAUUAUAUAUUCCAUUUUAAUCAAAUUUUAUAUUUAUUAAAUCACAUUUUAUUCCCUCAAGAGAAUCACACUGAUGAUGAUGAUCAUGAUGAUCAUGAUGAUGAUGAUCUAAAUGAUGAUCCAAAUGAUGAUCCAAAUGAAAUAGAUGUAGAUCUAAUGAAUAAGAAUUUUAUUAAUAAAUAUUUAUUACCUAAACAAUUCUAUACUAAAUUAAUUAGUAUUAAACCAACCAAUCAAUUAGCUAAAGUGGAUUUCCUUAAAGAAUUGAUAUCUACUAUAAUAAAUAAUCCUUUAAAUUGUAAUCAUUUACCACCUAGUAACAAUGAUAUUUUAUCAAAUACCAUUAGUUUAAAUAUUAUUAGAAAAUUACAAAUUCUUGGCCAUGUAUUACCAUAUUGUUUGAAAACGUUAAAUAUUGAAAAUGAAAUUUGGUUAAAUAUUCUACAAGAAAAUUUAUCUAUUUGUUUCUCAUUAUUACCAUCAAUAUUUACAUUGAGUUUUGAAUAUUUCUCCCAAAUCAACAUAAACCACCACCACGAACAACAACAAGUGUUUACUAAUUCACAAGUUCAAUUCAUUUAUCCACAUCUUAAUGAUUUUCUUAAUUUAUUUAUCAAAAAGGAUGAUGAUGAUAAUAAUGAUCCUGAUCAUGAUCCUGAUCCUGAUCAUAAUCCAUUGAAUGAUUCAAUUCGAAUUGAUUCUAUGGAUCUUUUAACAUGUCUUUUAUCUAAUACAAUAAUACGUCGUUUAUUUGGUCAAAAUUUAUUAAAAUCUUAUUCUAAUUCUAUCAAUGAUUGGGAUGAAUUACAUUUUACUAAUACACUUACCAUAUUCAUUAAAACAUUAAAUUAUUUACAAUAUACAUUUAGCAAAUCACAAUUACCAUUAUUAUUAUUAUUAUCUGAAUUGAAUAAUCAACUUUCAUUAUUAUGUAUUGAGAAUGAUAUAAAUGAAUUUCAAAUAAGUAUAAUACAAUUAUUUGAACAAAAUUUAAUGCUUGUAAAUAACGAUGAUGGUGAUGAUGAUGAUCAUCAUCAUCAUGAAUUAAUGAAGGAGGAGGAUUCAUUUACUAUGAUUAAGGAAAAUGUAGAACUAUUAAGAUCAAUUAUUGAAUUAAUUGAUCUGAUCAUAAUCGAUGAUAUAUUACCAGAUAAAUGUAAUUUUCUUCAAAAUUUAUGGAUAUUAUGGUAUGAAUAUUGUGAAAAGUCUGGUUUAAUAUUUAUAAACAAUAAUUUAUUCAAUUCUGAAUUAUUCAUAUAUCAAUGGACAAAAUGUUGUAUUCCAUCAAUUGAAUUUAUUAAAGCUGGUUUAAAACAAUUAUCCAAUAAAUCUCAAUCAUCUUAUCCAAUUACAUAUCAAGCUGCAUUACUUAGUAAUGGUCUAUUACAAUCGAAUAUUGAUUUGAUUAAUUCAACAUUAUCUAUUUUAUCGAAUAUAAAAGAUAAUAAUUCCAUUAUUCAUCAUUUAGAUCCUUAUGUUUGUUGUUAUUUCAUAUGUAAUAAUUAUAAAUAUUACUUCAAUUUAAUUCAUAGUAGUAUAUAUAAUGAUUUAAUCUUUUCUAAAUUAUUCACUUCAUUGAUUGAUUUAAUUCAAUUCAAUCAUUUAAAUUCAAUGAUUUAUUAUAAAAUGGGAUAUCAUUUCUGUUUAUUAUUACGUAAUGAAAAUAGGUGGUUAGAAGCAAUUAAAAUCUAUAAGAUUAUUCAUCGAAUUGAAACAAUUAAAUUACCAAUAGAAUAUCUUAUGACAUUAAUUAAUCAAUUAGAAAUCGAUUAUUGAAGAAACAAAACAAAACAACAACAACAACACAAUAUGAUGAUGUAAUCAUAUUUCAUAAAAUAUUUUUGUACUGUAUAGAAACUGUUUUCUUUUUUUUUUCUUUUCGUUUUUCUCUUUUUUCUUUGUUUGGUUUUGUUGUUCAAUGGGUUUUUUUUGUCUCUUUGUGAAUAAAUU